ACUUUUAUUUCAGUUGUUCAAAUCUUGUCUCGGCGUUACACCGCUGCACCCUGCUCCCUGCAACCCUCCGAACUUUAGUCCCUAAUCCAUUCCAAUUUCAAGUAAACAACCUGUGAUUUUAGUGACGAAAUGGGACUGUUGCUGUCCGUUAUAAUCUCCUACGCCGGGGUCAACGAAGCAAUAGAAACCCUGAGGCACAUACUGAGCGGAAUCCUGCCGGACACCGACCCGGACUUCCAAGACCUCGUCGACCACUACUCCAGACUGCUCCAGAAGACCGCCAACCAUUCCACAGCGGCCGACUGGACCGUCGGCUGCGGUCAAGGCUACCUCUGCUUAACUGAAGACGACGAUGGAAAACUAAAAUCGGUCGCUGUCAAGUACUACGAUGGUCAACCCGAUUCUACAGCCAUAUUAUUCUCAACAAAAAUUUCCAGUUUUGGACAGGACUCCGUUGAAGAUAAUAGCUCUCAAUCGCAAGCGAACGGUGACUACAGGUCAGAAAGGUACUUACCGACAUUACCGACAAAGACGAAAACAAUUAUAACGAACACAUCCGAUUCCUUCAGUGUCGGCUACAGAGACAGAUCACCAACGUCUGUUACUACGUCUGUUGAAAAUAUUUCAGAUCCCAAUCGUAUUUCGGCAAAUUCUUUCGAGCGUGACGAAGGUGACCUCGAGAGAAACGAAGCCAAAGAGAAACUGACCUGGCAUUACCGCCCUAAGAGCCCCACCCCACAAGCGCAAACACUGCCCGAAAUACAUUUCCAAUCAUUCGACGAUGACCAAAAAGGAGUAUACAGCGAAGAUUUUUUAAGAUCACUUGACGGAAUAAAGUUCCGACCGUUGCAACGAAGCGACCCGAGUGGCCGGCGCAGGAGUUUCAAAAAACGUCACUCUUCUUCGUCGAACUCUUCUAAAGAGUCGCGGGCGUCCCGCGAGGAAGAGCUAAAGCUGUUCACGUCACUCGAGGAAGCCGAGUUCGACAGUAUGCGUAAAGAUGACAACGUCAGUGGUUUUGGGAGUGCCCCUAAUCUAGCCACGCGUUCUUAUUCCAGAAGUCGCUCGCGAGAAAAUUCCAGGGAGCGAAGAAAUGAGACGUGGAGCACUGACGCGUCUGUGGACAGCGCGCCUGACGAAGACACCACAGACAAGAAGCCGAAAAUGAAGGAUCUGCCUAAACUCGACUCCUUCGAAGAAGAAAAAGAUGUCAAUCAAGAGAAAGAGGUAAUUGAAGAAGAGGACUUAGACGAUUUCUGGGGUAACUCAGGAGACUAGCGCUUGUACUAACGAGCACGAGCGCAGUGUUAUGAAAGCUUCGAAAUGAGCAUGACUGAAUUUGAAAACAUUAAAAUAUGAUUCCCUGUU